CUUGGCCACUUGGCACCUGUUUCCCUGGGCGGGGGCGGGGGAGGAUUCCUGGGGACGGGGAAGCUGAAGCCCAGAAGUGAAAGACUCGGGGGGGCGCUCGUGGAUGGCAGAGGCCGGGCUGGGCCUCCCCCCCCUUCCCGGAGCUGGGGACCUCGGGGGACCUCAAGCUGCCGCCUUCUCCCAGGGAGGGGGAAGGGCUGGAGACUACUGGGGACUCCACCUCUCAGGCGCUGCCGUUAAAUAAAUAAAACAACAAAUGAAGUCCCGUGGGGCGGGUCAGGAGGCAGCAGGAAUUGGGGGUCCGGGGGCGGGGCCCGGCCCCCUCCUCCCCUGGAGAGAAAUGCCUUCCUCUUUAUAGCCGAAGUGAGGAAGCGUUUGUUGACGGUUAGGAGAUAAGCUGGUACCCAGAGGCCCCAGUGGGCCGACUGAUGCAAACACCCAGGUUUCCCGGGGGGCUGGAAGUUCCCUAGUCCCUGCAGGAGGGAGAAAGAGAGGGGCGGGCUGUGGAGAGGGGGCCCGAGACGCGCCCCCGACCGGCAGAGCCUCCAGGUAUCUGAUGGGGCUACCUGGUGGGGAGGGGGCUGGGGGGGCGAAAGCUGCCAUCCACUUCUCAUUUGGGAGCUUUGGGAGCAGAGCCCCCAAUCCUGCGGCCUACCUCCCCACCCCUGGGUGUGGGGGCGAGGGGCUUCCCUCCUCUGCCCCUGGCUCCCAGCUUCCUUGCCCCCCCCCUUACCUGCCUUUAUCACUCUCCCCUCUGACCAGACCCCCCUUCUGGACUAUUCCCUGGAGCCCCCGCUCCCCUGUAACACCUCUUCACCUCCCCCCUGAGCAGACCCCCUCCUGACCCGCUGGAGCCCUUUGUCACUAGACCCCCCUUUUGUGGAUGCCCUGGGACGGCCGCUUCCCCGGAGCCCCACUCCCUCCCCUCAGCCUCCGGGCCCGGGCUCUCCGGCUCUGGCGCUGUCCAGGCUCUGCCGACCCCCGGGGCCCCCCAUUUCCCGGGCCCCUCUCCUGGGCCGGCCCCAGAACCCGCCCGAACACGCCCUGGGCUCCCGCCUCUCAGGCGGUAUCUCUGGUCUCCUCCCCGGCCCCGCCCCUGCCGCUCCCUGGCCCCUGGGGGCUCUCGGCUCCCCUCCCCCCCACACUGACUCAGUCCGGGAGGGAGGCCGCUGCCGGAGGAGCCCGACCUGAGGGGGCUGGCGGCCCGGGCCCAGGCCCCGGCCCAGCACUCGGGGCCCCCCUGGCCCCGGGGGCCCGGCCAUGCGCUGCUCCAAGUGCCUGCUCUGCCUCCUGGCCGGGCUCACCCUGCUGGCCCUCAAGGUUUACAUCGAGUGGAGCUCGGAGCCGCUGCGGCCCAGGAGGCACCAGGAGGGGCCCGAGCCCGGGGUCCCGGCCCAGCCCGGCCCCUUCGAGCCCUCGCUUCCUGCCAACCUCUCGGAGCGCCUGGGCCGGCCCGGAGCCUCCGCCUACUGGAACCGGCAGCAGCAGCUCUUCCAGGCCCUGCCCGGGGCGGCCGGCUCUGCGGCAGGGGACUGCCGCGCUUGGGGGAGGGCGGCGGCCGCCGAGAUCCCCGACUUCUCCUCCUACCCCGAGGCUUACCGGCGCUUCCUGCUCUCGGCCGCCUGCCGAGACUACCCCCGCUGGGUGUCGGGCGCGGGGGUCCCGGGCUGCGGGGGCUCCGAGGCCCCCUACCUGCUGCUGGCCGUGAAGUCGGCCGCGGGCAGAUUCGGGGAGCGCCAGGCCAUCCGGGAGACGUGGGGGCGGCCCGAGCGCGGGGUGCGCCUGCUCUUCCUGCUGGGCUCCCCCCGGGGGGAGCCGGGCCCCGACCUGGGCCCCCUGGUGCAGUGGGAGAGCCGGCGCUACCGGGACCUCCUGCUCUGGGACUUCCUGGACGUGCCCUUCAACCGCAGCCUCAAGGAUGUGCUGUUCCUGCGCUGGCUGGGCCGCCACUGCCCGCAGGUGACCUUCGUGCUCCGCGCCGAGGACGACAGCUUCGUCAACGUCCGGGCCCUGCUGGGGCUGCUCCGGGGGCUGCCGCCCGCCUCGGCCCGGGGCCUCUACCUGGGCCACGUCUUCGAGCGGGCGGCGCCCGUGCGGACCCCCCGGGGGCCCUACUACGUGCCCGAGUCCUUCUACGCCGGCCCCUACCCGGCCUACGCCAGCGGCGGCGGCUACGUCUUCUCGGGGCAGCUGGCGCCCUGGCUGCUCAAGGCGGCCGAGAGGGUGCUCCCCUUCCCCAUCGACGACGUCUACUCCGGCCUCUGCUUCCAGGCGCUGGGCCUGGCCCCCCAGAACCACCCCGGCUUCCUCACCAACUGGCCGGACAGAGACAAGCAGGGGGACCCCUGCGUCCACCGGCGCCUGGUGCUGGCUCAGCCCCGCGACCCCCAGACCACCAUCCGCCUCUGGAAACUCAUGCAGAACCUCCAGGCCCGUUGCUGAGGGCCGGGCGGCCCCCGAGGGAGGCGAGGGAGGCCGGGGGCCGCUCGCAGAGAGCCCGGACUGGGGCGGACGGGGGGAGGGCGCCAUCCCAGCAGGAAGGCCCUCCCGCGGGGACCCGAGGGCACCGAGCUGUAGCGGCUUCUGUUUAUUUAAACCACCCUCCCUCCCCGAA